GGAGGCCAUAAUCUUACUAAAGUAUAUAAGUAUAUUGUUGCCAUUGAUCUUGCAGACGAAACAACCACAAUUUACAUAUACAAGAAGCUUUGAUUCUCAUUGACAUCAGUGAGACAUGGCAAGGAAGUUGCUGAAGGUUCCAUCCCUUAAGAGAAUGAUCUCUUCACCAAGAGCUGAUAGACACUCCGACUUCAAUGAAUGCAGUACAUCAUCUGUUGCAGAGAAGGGCCAUUUCUUUGUUUACACAUCGGAAGGGAAGCGAUUCAUGGUUCCUUUGGCAUAUCUUACCAAUAAUAUCUUCAAGGAGCUCUUGAAGAUAUCCGAAGAAGAAUUUGGGUUGCCCGGUGAUGGCCCUAUCACAUUGCCCUGUGAUGCUGCAUCGAUGGAGUAUGUGCUUGCCAUGCUAAGAAGAGGAGUAUCUGAAGAGGUGGAGAGGGCAUUGCUUUGCUCCAUUUUCAUCUCUUGCCAAUCCACAUGCUCUGCUCUUGCUGUGGAAAAUACUCCUCAAUUCACAGUUUGCAGCUGCUGAUUCAUUAAAUUUUCAGAUUCUUAAUGUACUCUCACAAAUACUCCCCUGUAUAUUCUAUACAAUUUUGUGAUGCCUCAAAUUUAUUACAAAUACACAUGAUUUCUCUCUAA